AUGCAGCUUCUUCGCGCUCCAUGCUCUUCCUCUUCGCCAUUUCAUUUCUCGAAUUCACAACCCAGAGGAAGACAUGAAAGGCCUGCAUGGGUUUCGUUUAGAGAUUCAGCGUGGAGCUCAAUCACACCUAAAGCUGCUUCUAUUCAAGCUUCUGCUUCAGCAGUAUCAAGUCAAACAGCUGAGAAUGAUGUGCUAAAAUCUCUGUCUCAGAUCAUAGAUCCAGACUUUGGCACAGACAUUGUCUCUUGUGGAUUUGUGAAGGACCUUAAUGUGAACAAGGCAUUAGGAGAGGUUUCUUUUCGGUUAGAGCUGACAACACCAGCAUGUCCAAUCAAGGACAUGUUUGAACAGCAGGCCAAUGAGGUGGUCGCAGCACUUCCCUGGGUCAAAAGGGUGAGUAUGACAAUGUCAGCCCGACCAGCCAGACCUGUUUAUGCAGGGAACCUUCCAGAAAAUCUGCAAACAAUAUCGAACAUCAUUGCCGUUUCAAGUUGCAAGGGAGGGGUGGGAAAGUCGAUAGUAGCUGUGAACCUUGCAUACACUUUAGCUGGUAUGGGUGCAAGAGUUGGGAUUUUUGAUGCUGAUGUAUAUGGCCCCAGUUUGCCAACGAUGGUCUCCCCAGAAAAUCAGUUACUUGAAAUGAAUCCGGAGAAGCGAACCAUCAUUCCAACUGAAUACCUGGGCAUUAAGUUGGUAUCAUUUGGAUUUGCUGGCCAAGGGCGUGCAAUAAUGCGAGGUCCAAUGGUUUCAGGGGUCAUCGAUCAACUAUUGACUACUACUGAAUGGGGAGAACUUGACUACCUCGUUAUUGACAUGCCCCCUGGAACGGGUGAUAUUCAACUCACCUUAUGCCAGGUCGUUCCAUUGACUGCUGCUGUCAUUGUUACCACACCUCAGAAGCUAGCAUUCAUAGAUGUCGCAAAAGGAGUUCGCAUGUUUUCAAAGCUAAAGGUGCCUUGUGUAGCUGUGGUUGAAAAUAUGUGCCAUUUUGAUGCUGAUGGAAAACGCUACCAUCCAUUUGGUAGAGGGUCAGGUUCUCAGGUUGUUGAGCAGUUUGGGAUCCCCCAUCUUUUUGAGCUCCCAAUUAGACCAACUUUAUCAGCUUCCGGAGAUAGUGGAAUCCCUGAAGUCGUGGCUGAUCCUCAAGGUGAAGUUGCAAGAACAUUUCAAGAGUUGGGCAUAUGUGUGGUGCAACAGUGUGCCAAGAUCUGCCAACAAGUAUCGACGGCUGUCACUUAUGAUAAAGGUAUGAAGGCAAUCAGGGUGAAAGUACCCGAUUCAGUUGAAGAGUUUUAUUUGCACCCCGCAACCGUUAGACGAAACGAUCGAUCUGCUCAAAGUGUGGAUGAAUGGACUGGUGAGCAGAAACUGCAGUAUGCUGAUGUUCCAGAGGACAUUGAACCUGAAGAAAUUCGGCCCAUGGGAAAUUAUGCUGUAUCGAUUACAUGGGCAGAUGGAUUUAGCCAGAUUGCUCCUUAUGACCAGCUGCAAACAAUGGAACGCUUAAUUGAUGUUCCGCAAUUGAUCUGA